AUGGAACAGGAUAAAUAUUUACCAGAGCUGAUGGCAGAGAAAGAUAGCCUGGAUCCAUCUUUUGUUCAUGCUAUGCGCCUCCUUGAUGAAGCAAUUGUAAAGUUUCAGGAUUCUGAAAGUAAGAAAGAAGAUGAAGAAAAGAAAUACCUAGAUAUAAUCAGCAACAAAAACGUAAAGCUUUCAGAAAGAGUAUUGAUACCUGUUAAACAGUAUCCUAAGUUCAAUUUUGUGGGAAAGUUGCUUGGACCAAGAGGAAAUUCUUUGAAGAGAUUACAAGAAGAGACAUAUGCAAAAAUGUCAAUCUUGGGAAAAGGUUCAAUGAGAGACAAAACAAAGGAAGAAGAAUUAAGAAAGAGCGGAGAAGCAAAAUACAUACACUUGAGUGAUGAACUUCAUGUAUUAAUUGAAGUGUUUGCUCCACCGGGGGAAGCUUAUUCACGCAUGAGUCAUGCUUUGGAAGAGAUUAAAAAAUUCCUUGUUCCGGACUAUAAUGAUGAAAUUCGACAAGAACAAUUAAGGGAACUUUCUUAUUUAAAUGGGUCUGAGGAUUCAAAUCAAGGAAAAGUAAUACGAGGUAGAGGUGUUCGGAUAACACCAUCUGCUACUGCAAGAAAUCGUGGAGGUGCCAUUCCCCCUCCUCCUCCUGGUAGAGGCACUGCUGCACCCAGAGGAGCUAAUGUUACACGUGGAGCUUUGCCACUUCCACCAGUAGCACGUGGUGUCCCCACACAGCGAGCACGAGGAGGUCCAGCAGCACCAGGAUAUCGACAACCGCCUCCACCACAUACACUUGAAACAUAUGAUGAAUAUGGUUACGAUGACGGCUUUGGGGAGGAUUAUGAUGAACAGGAUUAUGAAGCCUACGACAGCAAUUAUACCACACAAACAGAGAGUAUGUCUGAAUAUUAUGACUAUGAGCGUGGAACAAAUGAAGAAAACUACAACAAUUAUGGACAGGACGAUUGGGCCACAUCGCGAUCCAGUUUAAAAGCACCACUUCCAAGAAACUCAAGAGGGGCCUACCGAGAACACCCGUAUGUUCGAUAUUGAAGGUCUUCUUCAAUUGUGGCCUCUUCUUAAAGACAGUUAAAAGCCUAUUGGCUCUACAUUAACAGCAACAAACAAGUAAUAGUCCAUUUUUAUCUUUGGGAUUACUGUUUGAGGUUUCCCUGUGUACUUUCUGUAUUUGCAAUGACAUUGAUGUGACAUUGGCUUUAAUAUCAUUUUCUAACUCUGACUCAAAAUACUUGCGGAAUCAUGUUGUUUAUAGUCCAUUAAGCAGGAUAAUGUCUUCUUGGUUGUUAUUCAGUUUGGUGUGUAACUUUCUACAAAAGCAUGAAAGUG